AUGGACUCGGCACUCUAUCAGGCUCGAUCCGUUGGGGUCGGGAGCAAUUCGGAACUGUCGUUCGAUCUGGACGCAGUGGCUGUACAACGUGUGAAUCCCACCAUGCAGGCUGGACGUCGAAACGAGUUGGUCAUUAUUUGUCUGGUGGUGGUGUUCAGUGUACUCCUGCUAGCGACUAUCGUGCUGGUCGCUUGCCUCGUUCACAGACGUGGGGCACGCACGUGGUUUAUGGGUCGAUCAAACGGGUCCAAUGCGGAUGUGCCAUCGUCGUACGCGAAAGAGACCAUGUCACCCAAACCAAAUUUGACCGGUCGAAUGAGCGCUGAGCCAUGGCUCGAUGAAAAUUCCCAUCAAGACCAAACGGAUUUGGCUUUGGAUACAAAAUUUGAGGCAUGCAAAUCGGCUCAGUACGAUCAACCGAAUGAUAUGAAGUACCUGGGUCGUGAAAAUCUGAUGACCGGAGCAACAUAUCCGAUUCCCACCGCGGGCUAUCUGCCACAAUCGAAUGCGGUCAAACUGUUCACUAGUCCCGUAUCCUCGGGAUCGAUGGCAGACGGACAGACAAUGCCACUGACCGCCCACAUGGCUCCAAUGCGUUUUCGUCCGUUACACAGUCCUCCGGCGGACUAUAUGACCAAUGCGUUGGAUAUGCAUGGAGCCAUGGUGAUGCCACGAAGUCAACCGAGUGCAGAAAUCAGUGAUUUGUUGACUCAGUCCUCCUAUAAGCCGCCUUCACCUGACUACCAGAGUUUGGAUGUAAUGUGGCAUCGCAUACCACGACCGGACCUGGGUUCCACAAAUCAUCGAAUGGGACGCUAUCGAAAUCCAGUCACAACACUCACGACCGCUUAUGCCAUGGGACACGGAAAUGCGACCACCUAUAAUAACGGGGGGCAUGACGUUGUUCUACCUCGUCCAGAUCGUGGUCUACUAUUCAGCCCCGUCACAAACGAGAUGUUGUGCACCUCAGACACAGCACACACGUAUUACGAGAUUACCGGGGCACAUCAGACACAAUCAGUCCCAAAACAGGCGCAUGCAAUCUCUCAUCGACCGGGUGAUAUCAAUGGAAUGGAUGUGGGGAACAGAGACGUGCUGGAGGAUUGGGCCGGAACUCGAGCGUGUUCCGAGAUGGGGCAAAAGUCCUUCACAAGUGCCGCUACAUUGGGCAGACCGGCGACAGGUAAGGGCAAACGACGUGCGGCCACAAAAGGAGACAGCAUGUACAAUCCCAAAGCAGGUGAAUUGGCGUUACAUUCAAGUAAGAAAAGAUCCGUAACCACGUCGGAAACGAAUCGUGACCCAGGGAGAGCAGAGAUGGGAGACGCGGAGCUUCAAAAUACAAAAUCAAAUCUGGACACAGAUAUUUCCACCUAUGGUACCAAACCUUCUGGGCAAUAUACGUAUCAGGCUUACAGAGAAGGCACUUUUGUGUGA